AUGAUCCCAUGGGCCGCCUUUAACACGAGCUUCAGCGCACACGAACCUGACUGGCGGGUCGAACUGAACGAGGAAAACAUCUACUACUAUGUCGAGCACGGUCCAACCCAACAUAGACGGGCUUUAGACUCACCCAUGCUGGGACUGGCACACGAGCGGCAAUUUGCCAUUUCUCAACUCGGGAUCAAGAGUGUCGGUUUCGAACACCAACACAUUACUUUGAUGCAGGAUGCCCUUGAGCAGCUCAAUCAUCACUUCGCCACCCACUCCACGCAUGAAUCCUGUCGCCCGACCUCGCCUCACGGAGAGAAUCUGCCAGAUUUCCGGCAAUCGGCGCACCAUUACCAGCCCUUGCCGCCGCUUGAUAUCACCGACGAGCUUGAUUCCGAACCAUCGACCCCUUCGCCCGUGACGGAGCUGGAACGAAUUUCACGGUCACCGUUAGAUCUAAAGGAGCUUAUGAAUCCCGUGCCACUGACGCCCGCAAGUCUGAAGAGGAAAUUAUCCGACGAUCUGCUGCCAAGGAUCCUUGCCGACGAUGAUGAGGUCGAACGAAGAACGGACGACGACGGCGACGAUGAUUCCCUUCUUCGGCCCCAUUCUCUCAGAUAUCCCCGAGCAGGCCAUAUACUCGGCAAAGGAGAAGCCACUCGGACACGCCGGGGCGUGAGAAUGCGGAGAGCGCGAUCUUGUCAGAGACGUCGUUCGUUGCGAGAGGCACGAGAGACGGAGCAGUUCGAGAAAGAGGGCCAUCUGCUUCUCAACUUGGCGCAGAGCCCGAGGACGAUAGGAUACUCGCCUUGGGCGAACGAAACAAACUACCAGACAACCGCAUGA